UAUAGAAUAUUGCAAUUUUCUCAUUUUUCUAUGUGUAUUUAUUGUGAAACCUCCAUACAACCAUGGGUAAGCGAAAGUACAAUGCCAAGGCAAGAGAAGUCGUCAAGACUAAAAUUGAUAACUCACAAGCAAAUGAGAUAAAAUUAGAAUUUGCCAACACAGAGUAUGGGUCGUCAGACACCAGUAAUCUCUUGGCUCUGCCAUCCAAAAAGAGAGAGACAAAGGUAGUCAAGGAGAAAAAAGAGAAGAUAAGGAUAUUAUCUAAACAGCAGCGGAAGAGAUUAGAGAAGAUUGUGGAGAAGAAGAAGAAGAAAGAAAAUAGAGCAGCUCUCCUAGAAUCUCUAGCACAGGUCCAGGCAACUCCAGAUGAGGUCAGACAGUUGACCGGCAUAUCAGCAGUACAGACUAUCGGGUUGAGGAAGCUGAAUGAACUUGGUGCUGAACCAGUGGUGCAGCAGCAGACAGAAACGAGUAAUAAUAAGAAAUUUAGCAGUAUUGCCGGAGCAAAAAAGCGUCUGAGACUUCUUAAAAUGGAAAGUGGAGAUAAGAAAAAGAAAACUAAAUAUGACCCUAAUGUAGUAGGUUUGGAAGAAACAUCUGGUGAUGAAGAAAGUUCAGAAUCUGAUGAUGAUGAACCAGAGGUCAUUGAAAAUGGUGAUGAAGACAGUAUUAAUGUUAAGAGUAGUGAAAAAAAUAACAUUGAUAAAAGUAGUAAAGAAGAUUUAGCAAAUAUAGAAAAUAGCUCUUUAACAAGUAAAGAGAAAACAGUUGAAACAAAUACUGGUAAAGAUGAAAAAGGUACCGCUAUUUCUAGAGAUUCAAACAAAACCAAAGUCGAACCAGUAAAAGAAGUAAAGGAGGCUAAAAAGCCUUUGUUAGAGCAUCCAACAAAACACAUAGAAGUCAAAAGGGACCCUAAAGUGCAAGUGGCAAGGUUAAAACUGCCUAUUUUGGGAGAAGAACAGAGGAUUAUGGAGCUAAUCAAUGAGAAUGAAUUUCUCAUAGUUGCUGGUGAAACAGGAAGCGGCAAGACCACCCAAAUCCCGCAGUUUUUAUACGAAGCAGGGUACGCGGAACACCAGAUGAUAGCAGUGACUGAGCCGCGGCGUGUGGCUGCUGUCGCUAUGUCGGCCAGGGUGGCUCACGAACUGGCGUUGACCAGCAAGGAGGUGUCAUACCUCAUGCGGUUCGAGGGGAACGUCACUACGGAUACUAAGAUCAAGUUCAUGACUGAUGGUGUGCUCCUAAAAGAGAUCCAAUCCGAUUUCCUCCUGAGCAAGUACUCAGUGGUGAUUAUAGACGAGGCUCACGAGAGGAGUGUGUACACAGACAUAUUGCUCGGCCUGUUGUCUCGCAUCGUCCCUCUGAGGAGGAAGCGAGGCAGUCCCCUGAGGUUGAUCAUCAUGUCCGCUACUCUCAGGGUUGAGGAUUUCACUGAGAAUACCAGACUGUUUAAGGAGCCCCCUCCUGUUAUACAGAUUGACUCUCGGCAGUUCCCAGUGACUGUACACUUCAACAAGCACACAUACAGCGACUACCUCAAGGAGGCAUACAAGAAGACAGUCAAGAUUCACACCAGGUUACCUGACGGAGGGAUACUCAUAUUUGUCACUGGACAACAGGAGGUACGGUACUUAGUCCGCAAGUUGAAGGCAGCGUUCCCGUACCGCAAAGACGUGGACUAUUCCAAGCUGAUCAGCAAGAAGACGGUCGCUGAUGCUGAUGCCGCACUGGACUCCGAGCCUGACGACAUCGAGUCUGAUGAUGAUGAGGUGGAAAAAGAAAUGAAGCGCGCACGCAAAGCUCACAGGAAAGCGAAGAAGAAGUCAAAGAGUCUUCCAAAGAUCAACCUGGAUGACUACGACAUGCCUGCCGAUGAUGGACAGGGUGAGCUGGUGGACAGUGAUGAUAGCGACGGACAUCUUAGUGAUUCAGACAACGAAGAAGACAUCUUGGCUCCAGAAAUCAAGGCCUGCCGCCAGCCACUAUGGGUGCUUCCUCUGUACUCCAUGCUGCAUUCUCAGAAGCAGGCGCGAGUGUUCGCUCCACCACCGCCCGGUGCGAGACUGUGUGUCGUCAGUACCGACGUCGCCGAGACAUCUCUCACCAUACCCAACGUCAAAUAUGUUGUGGAUACUGGCAAGAAGAAGAUGAAGCUGUACGACCACGUGACGGGCGCCAGCGCGUGGCGCGUGGUGUGGACGUCGCAGGCCAGCGCGGGCCAGCGCGCGGGCCGCGCGGGCCGCACGGCGCCCGGCCACGCCUACCGCCUGUACUCCAGCGCCGUGUUGCAGCACGACUGCCCGCCGCACCACCCGCCCGACCUCUGCCGGCGGCCCGUAGACGACCUGCUGCUGCUCAUGAAGUGCAUGGGGAUUGACAAGGUGGUGAACUUCCCGUUCCCGACGGCGCCAGAUAGAAUGCAGCUGCGCCUGGCGGAAAAACGGCUGGAAGUGCUCGGUAUAUUGGAGAAACCUGCAGUUAAGAGCAACAGGAAGGAUGAAGAAGAGAUACUAAAAGUGACAGCGCUAGGCAAGGCGGUGUCUGCCUUCCCCCUGCUGCCGCGGUAUGGCAAGAUGUUGGCGCUGAGCCACCAGCAGGACUUACUGCCGUACACCAUCGCCCUGGUGUCUGCGCUCACUGUUCCUGAGGUGAUGUCAGGCAAGCCGGUCUCGUGGCCCGCUACAGGCAACCUGCUGCUACUUGGCGACCCCGGCGUGUUGUUGCGGGCCGUGGGUGCUGCUGAAUAUGCACACCUGAAGGGGGAAGAGGACAGCUUCUGUGCUAAACAUGGACUUAGGGAGAAGGCGAUAAAGGAGAUCCGCAAACUCCGCAAGCAACUGACGUCGGAGAUCAACCUGAGUGUAGCGGGGGUCGCAGCGCAUGUGGACCCGGAAAUGACACCCCCUGACGAUGUACAGGCGCGGCUGUUACGUCAGUUGCUACUCAGCGGGCUGGGGGACCAGGUGGCCAGGAAGAUUGCUCUCGAGGAGGUCAAACAAGGUGAAGACAAGCGCAAAUAUAAAUACGUGUACCACUGCGGCGAGUUGGACGAGCCAGUCCACCUUCACUCCGACUCGAUCCUCCGCAAGUGUAUCCCAGAGUGGGUGGUAUACCAGCAACUGUACGAAACAGGGGCUGAAGACAGACGCAAGAUGGUGAUGAGCAAUGUGGCUGCCAUAGAGCCCGAGUGGCUGCCUGUGUAUGUGCCACAGAUGUGCCAACUCGGAGAGCCAUUAUCGGAUCCGGAGCCAAGGUACGACGAUCGGUCAGGCCGAGUGAAGUGUCACUUCAAAGGAAGCUUCGGUAAGGCGUGCUGGGAGCUACCGGUCGUCGAGAUCGACUAUCCGGACAAAGUCGACCGGUAUAAGUGGUUCGCCCGCUUCCUCCUAGAGGGCGCUGUGUUCCCCAAACUGCGCAAGUACACGGCGUCCCUCCUCUCCCCGCCCUCCACCAUGGUCAAGAGCUGGGCGAAGCUGCAGCCCCGGACUGAGAUACUGUUGAAGACAUUGCUGAUGAGACGAGCUGGUACCAGAGACGCCCUGCAGGAACUUUGGACGGAACAGUCUAAUUAUCUACUAGACGAAUACUUGAAAUGGAUUCCCGAAUCUGCGCACAACGAAGUCACUUUGAAUUGGCCUCCUUUGUAAAAUACUGUUAUCAUAAUAUUAAACUGUACCUGUAAAUAUUGUAAAUAAAAUGAUAUAUUA